GGAGUUUGGACUUCGUUUCGUUUUCAAUCACUUUAAGCAGACGAUAACUAAUUCCGAUUUCUCUAACUACAUCCGUAUUUAUAUUAUGGUAAAAUUUUACUAGAAAAAUUGUCAAAAACUUUCAAAUCCUUUGGUGAUCCAUUUUCUGUUUCAUGCACCCUAAAAAUAAUUGAAAAAAUGGAGAUAAUACUUCAUGUUUAAAAAUUGGAAUCCCCUUUGGAUGUCAUGUUCAAAUUUACUUUCCAUUGACAAGCUAAAAAUGGGACAAUGCUUAUGUUGUGAUGAAAAAGAUGGGGAAAUACCCUCACUUUCAGUGCCUCCACCAGAAACUGCCAGUCUCCCAAGCCCACUACAACCUAAUAUUUCAGUUGAUAGAGAUAGAAGUUUUCCUUCUCAUGUUAUACCAGCAUCUGAAGCCUCACACUUGAGACGAAUGCUACCCCACAUUGACAGUCUUGUGUUGCAGACUUUAGCUGUCAUUGGAAACUUAGUUGAAAAUGACCAAGAAACACCUCCCUCAAUGCUUCGAUUGCAAGCACUUUCAAAUAAAGGUCAUGGUUGGUUGCUUGUUCUACAUUCCAUGGUUAAUGUAAUACCCAUUAAUGAGCCACUUGGACCUGCUGUCAUCACUCUGGUACUAGAUGACUGUGCCUUACCAGCAAAGGAUUCCAUAACCAAAGUUCCCCGGAUGUUUUGGUUGUCAGCUAAAGCUAGUAAAAGGGGUAGAUCAGACCCAAAUCGCCAUAGAAACAUCUGUAUCGCUCUAGGCUGCAUCGCUGAAAAACUUGCCGGCCCUACGAGUGUUGCAUUGUUAACAGAUAGCACAUUGGAUUACCUUAUUGCAAACCUGGAUCCAUUACACCACCCAUCAGUAGUGCUGUUUUCAUUAAUUGCCCUUGAGAAAUUUGCUCAAACAAGUGAAAACAAGAUUGCUCUUAACAAGCGCUUCCACCAGGAAACGCAACAUCCACUUCUAGUACUGGAAAAAUGGAAAUCGGCUGACGAUUAUAUGAAACGGCAAGUUGGCUUCUGCUCAGAAUGGUGUCUCGAUAAUUUAUUUGUGAGCGAGGGCCGAUCUUUCACAUACGAACGCACAGACACAAGUGCUAUAAAUGUAAUGCUUAAUAGUCAAGAUGUUAGCGAAUACCUCAAAAUUGCAGCGAAUGGUCUAGAAGCCCGUUGCGAUGCUUCGUCAUUCGAAAGUGUCCGUUGUACGUAUCAGGCGGAUGCCGGUAUCUGGUAUUAUGAAGCAUUGAUUGUCACACCCGGAAUAAUGCAAAUUGGUUGGGCUACGAAAUCUAGCAAAUUUCUGAAUUACGAAGGCUAUGGUAUUGGCGAUGACGAGUAUUCUAUUGCUUAUGAUGGCUGUCGCAACUUGAUUUGGUAUGAAGCUGAAUCAAUACCACAUACGCUUCAGCAAUGGAAACCUGGAGAUAUUCUCGGUUGUCUAUUGAAUAUCGAUCGAGAGGAAGUGAUAUUCUCAUUGAAUGGGGUUGCACUCGGCCCUAAUUCGCAGCUUUUCAAAUCUGCCAAAAGUGGCUUCUUUGCCGCAGCAAGCUUUAUGUCGUUUCAGCAGUGCGAAUUCAAUUUCGGCAGCAAACCAUUUCAUUUUGCACCUAGUGGAAUUGUCGUAUGUGCUUUUAACGACCAUGCACUGUUGACUCCAGAGCAAAAAAUAAUAUUACCGAGAUCAAAGAAGUUAGAGCAAUUGAGGCUUACCAACAUCCACGAAGAUUCUUGCUCAUUAUGCUGCGAUGCACCAGCAGUCAUAACGCUUUUACCAUGUCGUCACCAAGGAUAUUGCAGUGGCUGCGCGAGGCAGUUGGAAUCUUGUCCACUUUGUCGCUCGUCAAUCCAAGAACGAGCUGUUCUAAGUUCUUAAGGGAAACCUUAAAUUAUAAUUUUUUUAAACUUUCAAAUAGAGGGGCUUCUUGUCAACUUCAUGUUGUGUACUUGUCAACGUCCACAAGGAUCGAAAAUCCUUUGAUUCCCUGUUUUGAAGUACUCCUCUCCUGCUUGUUGUGAUAUUGAUAUACCGUUGAUAAUAUCGUAAUACUUUUGAUUAUAUAACAGUAAAAUGUACAUGUAUAUUUGAGGAAGUGAAAUACUUAUUGGCUGAUUGAUUCGAUA